AUGUUGUAUCGUCAGUUAAUUCCUUAUGGUCCUCCAAGUGCCUUCCGACGACAACCCCAAGCAGAAAGAAAUGAAGCCAUUGUCGAGGAUUUUUCCAAUUAUCAUUCUACCUCCUCAUCAUCGGAUGAAUCUUCUAUAAUAACCGAAAGAAAAAUUGCAUUGAUCGAAUUGAAAAUUGAACUCGUACAAUUACAGGUUAAUCAUCCAUCCGAGGAUGAAGAUGAACAAGUGAAAAUUCAACAAAAAAUUAAAUACUAUUCUGAUAAAUUGGAAGAAACCAAGAAGGCUUUGUUGCAAGAGAAAGGAACAAAAGAAUUUGUGGAACAAGUGGAAAAGGAAGAGAGUAUUUCAGAAUUGAAAAACAUGAUCUCAAAAUUGACAUUGCAACAACCGCCUAAAAAGGAUGAUUGUUCAUUGAACUAA